AUGGAUCAAAUAAAACCGGAGUUUCUGAAGAAUUUAACCAAGUUCAUACUACUCUCGAUAUGGGUUGUAUCUCUUUUAGUAACCCACAACUUCUAUUUAUAUAGAUUCACCAUUCAACUCGUAACACAUGCAGUAGAUAAGAACUACAUGUUCCUUCUCUGCAAUGGUCUCUUGAUGGUUGUUGCCAAGUGCUCUGGUUUGGUCGCUACUGCCUCAAAACCAGUAGAGACAAAGUACUCGACUAGUAACACUGAUCAUAAAUCCUUUGAUUACCGAGAUUUCAAGAGUUACGGUACGAUACUAGAGCUAGAGCAUUACUCUUCUUCUGUUCAUCAUGGAAUAGGAGGAGGAGGAACAGAGUCCUUCCUUGCGGAGGAAGUUACUGUGCAGGAGGACAAUGACGAUACAACACAUCAAGAAGCCGAAAUGAACGAAGAAGGUGAAGACAACGACGACUCGUUAGCAGAUAAUGAUGACGGAGAGGAAGAGUGGGAUCUUCGUGACGGAUUUAUAAAUGAAGAAGAGGAAGAGGAAGAGAACGUAGAGUUGUUGGCAGCGACGGAGGAAGAGAUGAAUAAGAAGUUCGAUGAGUUCAUCAGAAAGAUGAAGGAAGAGCUUAGAAUCGAAGCCAAACGUCAUUUAAUCCUUGUUUGA